AUGAUAAAAUAACUAUUUAAAUUGAGAGUAUUUACAUUUUGUCAAGAAGCUAAUUUUGGAUUCAAAAAGGUUAAACUUGAAGAAAAAUAAGAACAUGUAAAUUAGGUGUUUCAUAAUGUUGCAAAUAAUUAUGAUUUGAUGAAUGAUUUAAUGAGUGUUGGACUACAUAGAUGUUGGAAGAAUUCUUUUGUUGAAGAACUUGGACAAUUGAAAAAUGGAGAUUAAUAAAUUAGAGUCUUAGAUACAUAGCAUUUCGUAUUCUUGAAAAGCAUAAGGGAAAUAAAUUUGUUUAAUGAAAAUCUGAAAAUUACAGUUUUGGAUAUCAAUUAAUCCAUGCUAGAUGUAGGAUAAAAAAGAGCAAAUGAGUUAGGAUACUAAAAUUAAAUUGAUUUUGUAUGUGCAAAUGCUGAAGAAUUACCAUUUGAACCUAAUACUUUUGAUGCUUAUACGAUUGCUUUUGGAAUCAGAAAUGUACCCAGAAUUCCAAAAGCAGUUGGAGAAGCUCAUCGAGUGUUGAAAUAAGGAGGAAAAUUCUAAUGUUUAGAAUUUAGCAAAGUUCAGAAUCCUAUUUUAUCUCUAGCCAAUUAAUUUUAUUAAUUCAGUUUUAUUCCCGCAAUGGGAUAAUUAGUGGCUAAUGAUCGACAUUCCUAUUAAUAUUUAGUAGAGAGUAUUGAAAAAUUCCAUAGUCAAUAAGAGUUAUUAAAAAUAAUUGAGGAAGCUGGUUUUAGAUAUGCAGGAUUUAAGAAUUAUAUGGAUGGAGUUGUAGCUGUACAUUUUGGAUUCAAGUUGUGAUAAUAAUUAAUUACGAUAAUUUUUAUUGUAAAUUAAAUAACAAUGUUUC